AUGCCACCAUCAAUUAAUGAUUUUAUUCAAUAUGGUCAAUAUGUGAAUCAAAUAGCGGGCAUCUUCUUUUGGUUUUUCGGUGUCUUUGGAUCUUUAGCAAUUCUUAUUAUAUUUUCAUCAAAGAAAGAACUUCGUCGUUCUCCUUCGAGUCAAUAUAUUCUUGUUGCAGCAACCUGUGAUUUUAUCUUUUUGGGCAUUGCACUUGGUUAUCGAAUAAUGACUGAUGGCUUUUCAGUUCGAGGAAAUAUUGCUUUAUUCUUUUUCAAUCCAGCUGUCUGUAAAAUUCGAAAUUACAUUACGGGUGUAACUAAUUUUGCUACUUUAUAUACAAAAUGUCUUUGUACUAUUGAUCAAUGGGCAUCAACCUCUCGAUCAAAUCGAGUUCGUCAAUUUAAUUCAGUUAAAUGGGCUCGAAUAUUUCUUAUUAUAAAUACACUUAUAUGGUCACUCAUGCAAAUACCCCAGUUGAUUUAUAAUGAUAUUAUCACGAGUUCGUCUGGUAUUAUGUCUUGUGUUGGCACAUCGAAAGCUCUUGUUUAUGCGUUUUCCUAUUUUCUCCUGCCAGUGCUUUAUUUUUUUCUACCUCUUAUUCUAUUAACUACAUUUGGUUACCUCACUUAUACCCAUCUUAAACAAAUAAGUGAAAGAUCUUUAAAACAAAGUCGUUUUCAACGUAUCGAACGACAAUUGACAUCAUUAAUUAUUGCUCAAACAUUAGUUUGUAUUGUCACUUCAUUACCCUACGGUGUUCAAUAUUUAUAUACAGGUAUCACACUUACUCAAACAAAAGAUUCUUAUCGUUUGGCAGUCGAAGCAUUUAUUCAACAUGUUGUUCGACUUAAUUUGUAUGCAAGUAGCGCUGCUCCAUUUUAUGUUUACAUUUGUUUAUCGACAGAGAUACGACGAAUGGCUAUACAAAUAUUAUUUUGUAAAUUGUUCAAAGGUAAUCAAAUUGGUUUUUCGCAAACAUUAGAUAAAACAAUUGAUCAAGCAGCACCAACCGUAAAUCAUCAAAUGAAAACAAUAAGCGAAGGAAAAUGA